GGGGUUUAGUCCUAUCAAUAAGACCUGACAUAACAUAUUUUAACAUUUUGACGUCUAUCGGUUAUGUCAGGUCUUAUCGGAUCGCCAUGUAUAACAUGUAGUGAGAAGCGAACACACUUCAUGUCGCCUCUAAUCUUCAAAUUAUGAACAACAUAACCCAAUCCGAAGUGAAAGAACACUACUUACACCGAAAAUAAUCCUUUUUUCAACUGCACAUGUGAAUAAUUAUAAAAUAAAAGUUACUUUUCAUAUAUAAAUAUCGAGUUGUUUCUUUCCACUGUAGGUAUUGCCGUGUAUCUGUAUUAUGGUGUGCAACAUUGCCGGUCUAUUCCGAAUGUUGUGUAAACACAGUUUAUUUUGAGAAUCAAUUUUAGACGAAAUAUUUUCCCUCUGGAUAAAUUGGCAAAUAGUUUACAUGGAAAAUUGUUUUCGUCUAAGUCGAUUCUAAAUAUAUUAUAACCUGCUGAAUAUGCUUGAAAAAUGGCGGAAUGUGUAUUGAAAACUGUACACAAUUGACAUAUAUUGGAUAUGAGGGCUUUUAAAGAGAAUAAAUAUGACAGCUGUAGAAGAGGAAGUCUGGUGUGAGGUGAGCGACGAUGAGACGUAUAAUCCGGGUAAGGAAAAGAAAGGAACUUGGGAGCCCAAGGCAGAAGAUAUUCUUAAAGUGUUUGAACAGCUUCAAUCUAAGAAGGUGUUGGACUUGCACUGGAAGUGUCCGGGACGUCGACAUCCAGAUUCCGAUGUGAAAGAGGAAGAGGUAACAAAAGAAGAACAAGUGAUAACACCAGUGAAGCAAGAGGAGAAAAAACCCAGCAUACCAAAUGAGUUUGAUUUUGAUGAAGAUGAUAUAGGAGGUACCAAGGCUGUUCUUACACCAAGGAGGACUCCAGGAUCUGUACCGAAGUCGCAGAAGAAGGAAGCAAAGAUGGACAAGAUCCUUAAGGACAUGAUGCAGCAGCGUAAACUACAGGCCGCUGAGAGGGAGGCUCGUAAACUUGCUGGGAACAAAUCCCCACGUACACCUGCCAGUCCUGGUAGAGCUCGGAUAAGUAGUCCUGCUGGAUCCCCGCGCACCCCUAAUAGACAGUCACCUGUGAGGAUAGGUGCUAAUCCGCCAGACCCAAUCACUACUACUCCUGUCAGACCACCAGCCGAUACACAGAAUGCAAUACGUGCAACUAAAAUUGAACCAAAUAACACUUCAAAUGUUACCAAUAACAGAACUCAUGAUAAUGACUUUAAUAGUUUGAGUACCAGUCAAAGCAUUCAGACGCCACAGUCCGCAGCUUCAGCAGUACCUUCAAGUCAUUAUGGGACCCAGUCUACAAAUGUAGGGGAGGCAAAUUCAUCACAAGCAAGUCAAAGGGAGGUUAUUUCACAAACAGUGCACAGAGAGGUUACUUCAUCGCCACAGACUGUGAACCAGACUCCGCAAGGGAGAACUGUUGAACCUAAAGUGGAAAAUACUGGUAUAAAAUCAGAGGCACCAGAACCUGUCACAGAAAAGAUGGAUACAAGUUGAUACAGGUUUUUUAAUAAAGCAUUGAAAUCUUUCAGGCCAUAUUAAUAGUAAAACACUUGAUGUCAAGCUGGAAUGAGCGAAUAGCUCAAUUUUUUAAGGGUUUUAUGUGAUCCUAACGUCAUAAGGAAAAUGGCCAGGAGCAGCAUGGGUUUUUUGAGUUGACUCAGAUUCUAGAGCAACUCAGAUUCUAGAGUGUAAGGUGUUUCACUGUUACUGUAAUGUCAGAUAUUUUUCCAAGAGAUUAUUCUUUAUUUUUGCUAAUUUGCAGUUCCCUUUCCUUGCAAGAACCUUAAUCCACAUGUACAUGUAUGUGCAAUAGAAAACAGUGAAUUUAACAGCAGACCUUAAAGUUAUCAUGAAGUAACCAUAUUUGUGGACAGUAAUGAUCAUAUGCUUUUCAGUUGCUUGUUUGUGAUGUUGAAGCAAAACACUUGAUGUAAAACAUGAACACAACUUGAUAUUUAAGGGGUUCCACCUAUUUUCAUGAUUUUGAAUAAAAAAUUAAAUUUCACAAAUCGAUACAAGCCAAUACUAAAAUUUUAGAAAUAUUUGCAAAGCGAAAAUAACUGAUUUUACAGUGAUCAUAUUGAAAAACACUUAAGUGUAACUGUGUAAGACCACAUAGUUUUAUGAAAAAUUUAUUUAGUUUCCACUACCAGUAUUUUUGUUAAGAGAUUGCACUUUUUCAGAGCAUAUCUUGCAACUCGUAAUUUUUUAGCAAAUCAAAAAAUACCAAAGGGUUUUUAUUUCCUUAUGCAUUAGAGCUGAAACAAAAAAUGACUAGAGUUUGGGUAAGAUACUAAUAUUCAAAGUCUUCAAGUUUGUUUCCAUUGUAGAAAUAAGUUGUGUAUUUGAAUAAACAGCAUGGUUGACCGUAUUAGUGCAAAGGUUCAGAACAUCUUGUAGUCUGCUAGUUCUAGACGAUAAAGACUUCUAAUUCUAGCUCAGGUAGAUUUUAAGUUAUCUGCCUUUCUUCUUUUAAUUCAUAUUUGUUUGCCAGAAGAAUAACUUAAGUAAAUAGAAUUUUGGUAGAGGGCUGUCAUAAGAAGUCAAAUGCCCAGGAACUGUAACUCUAGCAUCAGUAGUAUUUUAAUUAUUUCUCAGCCCUGCCUUGUUCUUUUUAUAGAAGACUAAAUACCCAGCGUAGUAAGUUUAGAGGAAGUGAAGUGGAUAAGAAUCUUAACUCUUAGCCUGUUAAAUUUCUAAAAUGGACUGUUUUUCAUCAUUCAAUUUGGGCAAUACCAUUUUUUAUUCGAAGGGGUGUUCACUGGAAAUUUACUGACUGAAUGGCCAAAAGUGCAGAUCAUGAUUAGAGUGCACAUAUGUGCAGGCUGAUCAUGAUCUGCACUAGUCACAAAGGCAGAAUCAAUAGUGUCUAGCAUUGUAAGGGUCAAAACUUAGUCUGAAGACUGCUUAUUUGGAGCAUACCUUGAAAAAUUUGAACGACAGUUAUUUAUUUUUCAAAAAUCUUUCUUACAGUUGUUUUGAUAACUCUCAUAGUCAUAACGGCAUUGUUUUUCUCUUUUUUAUGCCCCCGAGGGGAGGCAUAUAGUUUUUGAACCGUCUGUCAGUCUGUCCGCAAUUUUCUGUCGGUCUGUGAGUCUGUACUCAAUUUUCGUGUCCGGUCCAUAUUUUUGUCAUCCAUAGAUGGAUUUUCAAAUAACUUGGCAUGAAUGUGUACCACAGUAAGACAACGUGUCGCGCGCAAGACCCAGGUCCGUAGCUCAAAGGUCAAGGUCACACUUAGACGUUAAAGGUCAUUUUUCAUGAUAGUGCAUUCGUUUCCUGUCCAUAUCUUUGUCAUCCAUGGAUGGAUUUUGAAAUAACUUGGCAUGAAUGUGUUCCACAGUAAGACGACAUGUCGCGCGCAAGACCCAGGUCCGUAGCUCAAAGGUCAAGAUCACACUUAGACGUUAAAGGUCAUUUUUCAUGAUAGUGCAUUCGUGUCCGGUCCAUAUCUUUGUCAUCCAUGGAUGGAUUUUCAAAUAACUUGGCAUGAAUGUGUACCACAGUAAGACGACAUGUCGCGCGCAAGACCCAGGUCCGUAGCUCAAAAGUCAAGGUCACACUUAGACGUUAAAGGUCAUAUUUCAUGAUAGUGCAAUGAUGGGCAUGUCCGGUCCAUAUCUUUGUCAUUCAUGCAUGGAUUUUAAAAUAACUACGCAUGAAUGUGUGGCACAGUAAGACGACGUGUCGCGCGCAAGACCCAUGUCCGUAGGUCAAAGGUCCUAAACCAUAACAUCGGCCAUAACUAUUCAUUCAAAGUGCCAUCGGGGGCAUGUGUCAUCCUAUGGAGACAGCUUGUUUUCACAGGUUUUACAAAUAUUGAGAAACAGUUUCACUAUGUUGGUUUGAAGCAUAAUAUUUCUUUAACCUCUUUCAUAUAUAACUGAAAUGGAAAUCACCAUUACUGUAUCAUCUACUGUUCUUAAAACUAUGAGCAGUUUUGAAAAAUUCAGUUCCAAGCUGAAAUCUUUCUAUGUUGAGUAGGACUCACCUUUGCACAGUGCUCAAGAUAAGCUAUUGUGAUCAUCCUGUGACUGCUAGCAGUUCGACUCUUAUUACUGUAGAUGUUACAGUUUUAGCCCAAUCUUAAUUAAACUUGGUCAGAACAUCACCCUCAAUUAUAUCAUGAGGGAGUUUGUCAAUAAUCCAUCUAGGAUCAAAAACUAGGUCACUAGGUUGGCUCGUAGUAAAACCUUACCUACUCUCUAGAUACCACAUUUUGUCGUUCAUCUUCUUGAAACUUUUUUCAGAAUGUUUGUCAGUAUGAAAUCUAAGUCAAUUAUCUGAAGUAAAAAACGAGGUCACUAGGUCAAAUCAUUGCCGAUAUAUGUCUGAUUCUCCCACCUAUUCCACUCAGUCUUCUGAGACAUGGUUAGCAGUUUCUUACGAAGAGCUGACUUAACUUUAUUAGUCCUCUACUGGUUGAAAACCAGUUUCGGGUGACUAUAUGAAUGCGCUUUUCCGUCACUCCGUCGUCCGUCUGCAAUUUCGUGCCCGGUCCAUAACUCUGUCAUCCAAGUAGGGAUUUUAAUAUUACUUGGCAAAAUGUUCCCCAUAAUGAGACGACUUGUCAUGUUCAAAACCCGGACCCUUAGCUUAAAGGUCAAGGUCAUAGUUGGAGGUCAAAGGUCAACAGGGCUUUUUUCCUGUCCGGUCCAUAACUGUGCCAUCCAUGAAGGGAUUUUAAUAUUACUUGGCACAAUUGUACCUCAUAAUAAGAUGAUGUGUCUUGCACAACUUUCAGACCCCUAGCUUUAAGGUCAAGGUCACACUUGGCAGUCAUAAGUUAACAUGGCAUGAACAGGGUCUGUUUCGUUUCCGGUUCAUAACUCUGUCAUUUAUGAAGGGAUUUUAAUAUCACUUGGCACAAAUGUUCCCCAUAGAGGUCAGAGGUCAACAUGCAUGGUUCACACAGGUCCUUGAAAGUCCUUGAAUUUGAUCCUAAGUCCUUGAAAAGUCCUUGAUUUUUUUUCUUCCAAAAAUCCCCUGAAAAAGUACUUGAAUUUGGAAAAAAUAGGUAGAAAAGUCCUUAAAUUUUGCUAAAAACGGGGGUGCAAUCGUAUUGUAGGGGAAAAAUAAGAAAAAUAAAUAAUAAAUAAGUCAAAACGAGCGAAAAAAUGGUGUAAAAUAGAAAUACAUGCACACCCACGGAGGGAACGCUAGUUGGACACCGUUUCGGUACGGAAGUUAGAUACGGAAUAGCGAUUUUCACAACGUUAAAAUACGGAAUAGCGAUUUUCACAACGUUAAAAUAUUAUGCGCAAGGUCAUUGUAGCAUGACUUAUCAACAACAACAAUGUGUGGCCCAAAACAUAAAUGUAGUUUCGCCAAUAAAAGGCUUAUACAGGAUGAUUAUUCAUUGUGGUUAAAGGAGUUUAAGUCAGACAAGCAUAAGUGUAUGUGAUAAACUCAUUGAUGUCGGAACUAUGGGAGAAAGUGCGUUGAAAUCACACGCGAAAACAAGAAUUGAAGUCCCUUGAGGACAAAUUGAAAACUAGUCUUGAGAGCUUGAAAGACUUAUAAGAAACAUGUACUAAGUAUGUAUACAGGCAAAUAUAGCUCAUCAAAGGUAAUCCCAUUGAAGAUCUCAUAAAGGUUAAAAUAUGCUAUUGUAGCUUAUGGAAAAUAAAACUGUUCUGUAACUU